AUGCUGUUGUAUCAGAAUAUGAAUCAGAGACAGCGUCAGUUGUAUGAUGAAGUCAAAAACGCGAAUGGAGUGCUCUUUCUGGAUGGGAAGCAGAUUGACGAUGAACAAACGAAGGCGAUUGCUGAAGCACUCAAAGUGCACACGAAGCUGACUGACCUCUCUCUGGAUGGGAAUCAGAUUGGCGAUGCUGGAGCGCAGGCGAUUGCUGAGGCACUCAAAGUGAACAAGACGCUGGCCUCGCUCUCUCUGGGUGUGAAUCAGAUUGGCGAUGUUGGAGCGCAGGCCAUUGCUGAGGUUCUCACAGCGAACAAGACGCUGAAGGAGCUCGGCCUUGAUCAGAACUUCAUUUCCGAAAAUGGCAUCAAUGUUUUGAAACAAAUCGGCGACAAAACGUUCUUCCUUUCGGCGGACGAUCAGAGCAAGCCAUCAUCUGCUCAACUGCAAGAGAUGGCGUCUCGCGCCGCUCAAACCCGUCCCAGCGUGCUGCUGUAUCAGAUUAUAAAUCAGAGACAGCGCGAGUUGUAUGAUGAAGUCAUGAAUGCGAGUGGAACGCUCCAUCUGUUUGAGUAUGAAAUUGGCGAUGAAGAAGCGAAGGCCAUUGCUGAAGCACUCAAAGUGAACACGAAGCUGAGUUGGCUCAAUCUGGCUGAGAAUCAGAUUGGCGAUGUUGGAGCGCAGGCCAUUGCUGAGGGUCUCACAGUGAACACAACACUGACCGAGCUCUUUCUGAACCGGAAUCAGAUUGGCGAUGUUGGAGCGCAAGCGAUUGCUGAGGCACUCAAAGUGAACACGAAGCUGACUCUGCUCAGCCUGGACUACAACCAGAUUGGCGAUGCUGGUGCGCAGGCGAUUGCUGAGGCACUCAAAGUGAACAAGACGCUGACCGAGUUCUACCUGGACGACAACCAGAUUGGCGAUGCUGGUGCGCAGGCGAUUGCUGAGGCACUCAAAGUGAACAAGAAGCUGACAAAGCUCGAUCUUGAUCAGAACUUCAUUUCCGACAAUGGCAUCAAGGCUUUGAGACAAGUCGGCAACAGGACAUGCCAGCUUAAUAUUUUGAAUCAAAGUACGCCUUCACCUGCUCAACUACAGGAGAUGACUUCUCGCGCCGCUCAAGUCCGUCCAAGCGUUCCAACAACUGAAGUUCCGCAAAUCACCCGUUCUGCAGCCGCAGGCGUGCCACACGCUGCUCCAAGUUCCAGCCACGCUCCAUCUUCUUCGACGCCUCCUGUAUUUGCCUCCAAACCCCGUGGCAGCGCGAACGCGGGUCCCGCGAAACCAACUGACUCCACCGAAGAGAUCCGUCAACUGCAAGCUCGCAUUGCUCAGCUGGAGCUCGCUCAGCAAGCACCAACAACAUCUGCCGCACCCAUCCUCUCCACCAUUCCGCGAGUGUCGUUGCAAGUUCUGUCGCAAGCCACAACGCAGUUUUCAGAGUCCAAGCGCAUUGGUGGAGGUGGAUUUGGCAGCGUCUACUCUGGUGUGUGGAGCGGUCAGCGAGUUGCGGUCAAACGCUUGGCAGCAGAUUCAACUCAAGGCGUCGCUCAGUUUGAGGCCGAGCUCGAAGCCCUCUCGCGUUUCCGUCACCCGAAUAUCGUCACCAUCAUGUGCUAUGCCCAGGAAGGCAACGAGCGUUGCUUGUUCUACGAGCUGAUGCCAAACGGAUCUGUUCGCGACCGUCUCGAUCGCAAGGGUGGAGCGCUUGCACUGAGCUGGCAGCAACGCCAAAGCAUUGCCACCGGUGUUGCAAAUGCUAUGCACUUUGUGCAAACUGCCAUUUCGCGUCAGCCGCUGUUCCACCUGGACCUCAAGACGGACAAUGUGCUGCUGGACGCUCACUUCAACGCAAAGGUCGCCGACUUUGGUCUGACGCGCUCAGCACCAGCUCAAGUGGAUGCUCACAGCUCCAUUCGUACGCAAACGGUUCAAGGAACACUUCAGUACAUUUGCCCUCAGUAUCGCGACGAAGGCAAGGUUUCCAUCAAGACAGACGUGUACUCUUACGGCAUGAUUCUGCUUGAGCUUGUUACUGGGCAACAGCCCAGCAUUGACCUGCUCGCCAAUGUUCGACGCGAGCUGAAAAGAAGCCGCAAAAUUGAUGCGGUGCUUGACAAGGCGAUUGACUGGAGCCCUCAAGACAAAGAAUCGGCUCAAGCCAUAGCGGAGCUUGCGGUUGAUUGCCUCGAGCAAGCACGAGUUGACCGACCGUCGUUCGGCGAGAUCCUGAGACGAUUGUCGGGGGAAGAAGCUGAAGUCAACGAGGAAGAGGCUGUUGCAGGCAGCGAACGCGAGUGCUUGCGUCAAGACAAGUGCAUGAUUUGCCGAGUCCUUCCGACCACCUUUGAAACUGGCAAAUACAACCAGACUUUUGUUCCGUGA